CAACCUUUUUAACACUACAAAGAUUACAUGCAAAGAAAUUAGAACUUAGAAGCUUUGUAGUGUUGGUCGAUUUUACAAGUGGGCCUUGGUGAAAGAAGGCUGAAGGGAAAUGGGUUCAACAAACAAUCCUUUCUCAAAGUUUUUGGACACAAGUGGUAAAGACGCUAAAAGCAUCCGAGCCCUUAGUCACUGUGUUGCGAUUGGUGGAUGGGGAUGAGAAACCUGCAAUGGGCUACAUAUAUGAUGCGAUGGAGAGGGCGAAAAAUAAGAUCAUGAACCAUUUUAACUAUAGAGACCGUGAUUAUAAGCCAAUUUUAGAUAUUAUAGAUAGAAGAUGGGGCAUUUAAAUGUCAUCGCCAUUGUAUUCGGCUGCUUAAAUCCUUAACCUAGCCUGUUUAUUUGCUUCUGCUGAUCCAGCAGAAGCACUAACUAUGCAUAUGGUUGGAUUUAUUGAUGUAUUGGAAAGAAUGAUUUCAGAUAGAGGAGAACAGGACAAGAUCUCAACUUUGCUGGACUUUUACACAAAAAGUGAGGGGAUAUUCUCAAGGGAUAUUGUAAUAAGGCAUCGGACAAUGAAAAUACCCAGUAAGUACUACUAUGAAUGUUAGUCUUAGUGUUUUACAAAUAGUUUUUCUACAAAGUGUCUCUAACCUACUUAAACUAUUUUUCUUAGCUGACUGGUGGGCUGCCUAUGGAGUGGACCCGAAUAGGAAGGAUCCAGCUCUAAAGAAGCUAGCGAUGAGGAUUAUUGGACUCACGUGUUCUGCCAGUGGUUGUGAGCGCAAUUGGAGCAUGUUCGAGGCGAUUCAUACCAAGAAAAGGAAUCGCCUUGAGCAAAAAAAGCUCAAUGACUUGGUUUUCGUUCAAUACAAUAAAAAAUGGCGAGAACGAAUCCAAACUAGGAAAGAAAAGCCUGGUUUUUUUGACCCUAUCUGCUUAGAUGAGUUGGAUGCAGAUAACGAGUGGCUUGUAGAGACGGGGGACCCGACAUUUGCUGGAGAGAACCUGACAUGGGCACAAGUUGAAGAUGCCGCAUACGGAUCGACACCUGGUGAAGGUAGUACCACUCGAAGGCGAAGGAUGGGGGAGCCGGGGGCGAGUAGUAACCGUCAACCCGUUGAAGAGAUUGAAGAAGGAGAUGGUGAUAAUGAUGAUCAAGCUGAAGAUCAUCCACCAUUGGAUGUUGAUGAAGUAUUAGUAUCUACAGAUGAUGAAGAAACGGAAGAAGUGUAUGUGGAAGAAGGAGAUGACUCGAAUGAUGAUAUUGAUGAUGAUGAUGGUGGUGGUGGUGGACCUGGUGGUGAUAUGCCACAAUGGCAAUUAGAUCAAUGCAUAUGAUUAUUGUUUAGAUAUAUAAUAAAUAAAUAACUUCUUCAUUUUGUUUACUAAGUGUGUUGAUGUUGAUUGUUAAUGUAUAUGUAGUGUUGAAUGUUGAAUAUUAAUAUUUCUUAUUUGUUAAAUGUUAAGUUAACUAUAUUGUAGAAUGUAGAAUUGUUGAUGAAUGAUGACUUGAUAUUUAAUUCAUUAUGUAAAAUUGUAAAUGUAAUUGGU